AGCAGGAAGUAGGACAACUUGUGUUAUAUCGAAGAUAGCUGCGCAGUUCUGAAGAAUAAAGGAUUCUUCUUACCAUAACGCAGACAAACUUAACAAGGAGCCUCCAUCAAGAUGGGAAGCAAACAAAGCAGUGGACAAAACAACCUUAAUGAUAUCACGAUGAGACGCAACCAAAGCAGUGGACAAAACAACCUUAAUGAUAUCACGAUGAGACGCAAACAAAGCAGUGGACAAAGCGACUUCAAUGAUAUAAAGCCGAAAUUUGUCAGACGGAAAGAUGACAUAACUUUAGAUGAUGACCCCAACGUUCUGAGAGUAGAAAUGUCUUGUGGCCAUGCUGUGUCCCCAAAAUCAGUAUCUACCUGGUGUCGCUGUUUGCUGGAACGGGGUCAGUAUAAAUUUUAUUGCCCAGCUAAGUCAGAUGGCAUAGAAUGUGAAAAGGAGUGGUCAUACUCAGAGGUCAGGAAAGCAGCAGGGCUUAGUGAUUCAGAGCGGGGUUAUUUUGAAGAGAAAAUGGCUCGUCUGGCAGCAGAAGCUGAGUACUGCGAGUUCAAAUCAUGUCCAAGCUGUGAGUCCUACAUUGAGCGAAAAGACCUGACCAACCUCUGUGUGAAAUGCAAUAUCUGCACAGCUGUAAAAAAGAAGACCUACCAUUUCUGCUGGGAGUGUCUGAGGGAAUGGAAAGGGCCAGCUGCUCAUUCUGUCCGCUGUAGUUAUGAAGACUGUAUCAACCCAGUUGACAAGCUAGCAGAGUGUAGUACUAUCAAGCUGUCUAGUGUGGACAAUGUAGAGUGUCCUUCAAUUCGUGCCUGCCCAACCUGUGGACUUCUUAUAGAACACAAUGGGACCAAAUGUAAAAACAUUAUGUGUAAGCGCUGUAAGGUGGAGUUUUGCUUCCUUUGUCUAGAGCUGACAAGGAUUUGUUCUGUUCCAAACAAUGGCUAUUUUAAGGUCUGCUCAGUUGCACAACGGCAGACUGAAAUUCCAGUUUGGAAGAGAUAAUGUGUGAGAGAUAUGAUCGAGCGACUUGGAAGACGUGACUCGUCUAGCUCUUUAAAUUACUACAAGAACAUUUUUCUUGUUGUUUAUACUUAUUUUUUGACAUGAUGCUGUUGUCAAAUAGGCUAUUUAAACAGCAUUUUUUAUUAAAAUGGUAUAUGAAAAUAUGAUUAAUACAGCACGAAAUAACAAUGAUUUUGAGUUUAUUAGACUAAACAUGAAAAAGACUGUAUUUUCAUAAAGUGCCAUAUAAUGUUUUGUUAAUCAAACAAUACAAAAUAAAUUGCAAAGAUAAAGCUA